AUGCAACAUCCAAAUUCUGUAGCGCUGCUUAGCGCUAUAUACGCCUUCACCCUGGCAGCUGCUGGCAGCGUGCCUAGAGGUGUUGGUCCUGAAUUCGUCUCUCACUACGAGGGCCAGGAGGAGUUUUCUUGCAUCACCAAUGCUGCUAUCAAGCUCAGUCUCGACCGAAUCAACGAUAACACGUGCGAUUGCCCCGAUGGCUCAGACGAACCCGGUACAGCAGCCUGUGCCAACAUCGAUCCUCUCUCCCCCGAACAACCUCUCGCCGGGUCACUGACCGGCACGACCAACACGACCAAUGCCCUUCCUGGCUUCUGGUGCGAAAACAAGGGCCAUAUUGGCAUGUACGUGCCCUUCCUCUACGUCAACGACGGCGUGUGCGAUUACGAGCUCUGCUGUGAUGGCUCAGAGGAGUACGCUGGCGUCGGCGGUCUGAAGUGCGAGAACAAGUGUGCCGAGAUUGGAAAGGAGUAUCGCAGAUUGGAAGAUGAGAAGAAGAAGGCCAUGUCGAAUGCUGCUAAGAAACGAGGUGCCAUGGCCAACGAAGCCAAGGAUUUGAGACAAAAGGUCGAGAACAAGGUUGCGGAUCUCAAGAAGGAGAUUGCUGCUCUUGAAGCUAAGAAGGAGGAUCUUGCGCAGAAGCACCGUGAGGCUGAACAGCAGGAUAAGGGCAAGGUUGUUCGCGAUAGCGGAAGUGGCGGUGGAAAGCUUGGUGUUCUUACCGGAUUGGCCAAGACACGUAUCACCGAGCUUCGCGAUACUCUCGACAAUGUCGUCAAUCAGCGCGAUGCUCUCAAGGAGCGGGUUGGUGAGCUCGAGGAGCUUCUUACCAAGUUCAAGAGCGAGUAUAACCCCAACUUCAACGACGAGGGUGUCAAGGCUGCUAUCCGAUCUUUUGAGGAUUACUCUGCUCGUAAGGCAGAUGAUGUUGCCAAGGUUCUUCCGGAUGAGGAUAUCCUGAGUGUUCUCAAGGAGGAUAGCGAGAGCAAUGGCAUCAACUGGAGUGAGUUUGAGGAUGCUGAGGGAAGCGACACCGAUAUCCUCUACAACUUCGAAGCUUACCUUCCUCCCCCCGUCCGCUCAUUCCUCCACGGCACAAUCGACUCCCUCCGCGUCUGGGCCAUCACCAACGGCAUCCUCGCCGACAACGCUACCCCGGGCAAAGAAUCCACCCUCGUCCGCGCCGCCCGCGAAGCCCUCGACGCAGCGAACCGCGACCUCACCGACAAACAAUCCGCCCUCUCAGUAGAACAAUCCGACCUAAACACCGACUAUGGCCCCGACGACAUCUUCCGCGCCCUCAAGGGCAAGUGUGUCUCCAUCGAAGCAGGCGAAUACACCUACGAACAAUGCUGGCUCGACCGCACAAAGCAAAAGUCCAAAAAGGGCCACGGAUCCAGCAACAUGGGAAACUUCAAGCGCAUCGACCGCGAAGUAGCCGACGAAGAAGACCGCAUCGACGGCAAGAGUCUAGGCAAGGGCGAACGUAUGGUGCUACGGUACGAAGAUGGUCAACAGUGCUGGAACGGACCGCAGCGACGAACGGAUGUCUGGUUGGGUUGUGCUGAGACGGAGGAGCUUUGGAGGGUUAGUGAGAGUGAGAAGUGUGUUUACAAGAUGGAGGUUGGUACGCCUGCUGCUUGUGACUUUUCUAAGUGGGAUGUGGGCAGUCAGCCUAAGAAGCCUAGGUUUAGGGAUGAGCAUGAUGAGCUAUAG